AUUCGAUGCUUUAUCAGCUUUAUAAAGCUCUGAAUUUUACGCUCUUGUGAAUUUCACCAAUAUCAAAUCAUCUCAGUUUGCCUAGGAGAGAACGAAACAAAAGAAAAACCCCAAACAGUAACUGAAAAAUGCCCACUUUGAAUUUGUACACUAACGUCCCCGUUGAUGGCGUGGUUGCUUCUGAUAUCCUCAAAGACGCUACCAAAGCUGUUGCCAAAAUCAUCGGCAAACCCGAAUCCUACGUGAUGAUACUGGUAAAUGGAGGUGUACCGAUCUCGUUUGGGGGGACAGAAGAACCAGCUGCUUAUGGUGAACUAGUCUCCAUUGGGGGUCUGGGCCCCACUGUCAAUGGCAAGCUUAGUGCCACCAUAGCCGAGAUACUGCAGACCAAGCUUUCUAUUGAUAGUGCCAGGUUUUACAUAAAGUUUUAUGAUGUUCAGGGAACUGGUGCACAU